CAGCACAGUCUGUUGUCGUAGAGUAGAUCAGAAGGCAACGAUUCAGUGCACGCCACAGUGUUCCAAGUCCAAUGUAAAAGGAAACAUACUUGGAAUCUGAAAUUUAAGGCGCACCUUUACUCACAUGUGUACAUAUGUAUGCAUACAUACAUUUCGAUUUUAUGGAAGACCUCCACUCCUCUUGCACGUUUGUACCACUGUUCCCGUGAAACGUUAAUGUUUCUGCUUUGGCAGGGUAAGACAUUUCGCGUUCUUAAUAGCAGAUGGAAUAGUCAGUCAGAGGAAUGACAUCACCGAUAUCGCGCCCAGUAAAUCGCACAUCAGUGCAGUGGAGUGCGGUAUGUGGGCGCUACCUGGUUGCCCAAGAGGCGACGGUAGCCCGCAGUCUUCUCAUAGAGGAACUACCCUUUGCCAUAGGCCCCAAGUGCAAUGGACCGGUGGUCUGCCUCGGUUGCUGUCGCCCCGCAGCCGAUGUGGAGGAACACUGCGUCCUAUGCGGCUGGCCGCUGUGCGAGGAGUGCUCGGUGAAAGAGGGAAACCCACAUGUCCAGCUGGAGUGUCCCGAAUUCCAAGAGUCGAGAGCACUCUUCUACAGACUUCCCUCGGGGAGUACCUACUGCCCACAACUGGACUGUAUUAUGCCGCUCAGAGUGUUGCUGGCGAAGGAGGCCAAUCCCAAACGCUGGGAGAACGAGGUGGCGCCCAUGGAGCACCACGAGUCGGAACGUCGCCAUAACGAUGAUGUUUGGCAUGCUGACCUCGUGAAUAUAGCUCAGUAUCUGCGUGGCCCCUGUAAGCUGGCCUCGCGUUUCAGCGAGGAACUGAUCAUGCAGGUGGUCGGUAUGCUGGAGGUGAACGCGUUUGAGGCCAGAACCGCGCGGGGAUAUCCCCUGAGAUGCCUUUAUCCAUACACCGGCAUUUUGGCUCACAGCUGUGUGCCCAACACCGCCAGGAGCAUCUAUCCCAGCGAGGGUUACAAGAUCCGCUUGCGUGCCAUGGUAGACCUGGAGGAUGGACAACCGUUGCAUCAUAGUUAUACCUACACUCUGGACGGCACUGCCCAGAGACAGACGCACCUUCGAGAGGGAAAAUUCUUUACCUGCAACUGCGAGCGCUGCCUGGACCCGACAGAAUUACAGACGCACUUCUCCAGCCUCAAGUGUGGCCAGUGCGCGGAAGGCUUCCUAGUGCCCAAGCAGCCCACAGAGAUCAACACCAGUUGGAACUGCUGUAAUUGCGACGCGAUUACCAGAAACGAGGAUGUGCAGGCAAUCAUCCAGUUGGUCCAGUCAGAAGUCAAUGGUGUACAAGCACUUGAAAUGGGUCCGCAUCGGCUGGAGGAGGCUGAACGACUCCUGCGAAAAUACAAAUCUAUGCUCCAUCCACUUCAUUUCAUUGCCACUGUGUUGAGGCAGCUGCUCAUCGAAAUGUACGGCCGGGUGCAGAGCUAUGAGAUGGUUCAGUUGACCGACGAUUUGCUGGAACGCAAAGCGGAGCUUUGUCGUCAGGUGCUCAGCGUGCUUAAUAAAUUUGAGCCAGGUCUGAGUCGCUCUCGGGCCAUGAAUCUGUAUGAGCUGCAUGUACCGCUUGUCCUGCUGGCGAAAAAUGGGUUUAUAGCCGGCAAACUGAAUGGCGGCGAGCUGAGAUCCAGUCUCGUAUACGCUAUAGACCUGCUCAAGGAGUGCGUGGAAAUUUUACAGUACGAGGACAAGUGCUCACAAGAGGGAGUCCUUUGCGAAGUGGCCAAACAGGCCUUGAGGCAGCUCACACUGAGUGUCGAGGGAUUGGGCAGUGAACUCGACUGAUGAUUGCUUAUUAGUAUCGGUAGAUUUAUUGGAAAAUGCUCACGAGGAAAAUCUCAAUUGGGUUUCGUGUUACAACUAAAACACUUGAGAGUUUCAGGCCUUGCAUCCAGUAAAGUGAUGAUGAUGAAAGAAAUCGAAAUGGAGGGAAAAUAAACUUGAAUAAAAACAAAAGUUGUUGCCUUACAUUUAUGUAAACUAAUCCUUAAAGUAGAUUACAUUUAAUACGAACUAUUACUGCACAUUUUGCCGCCCAAGCUAUACUCGUACACACAUAUGUAUAAUGUAUAAAUGGUUUUUUUGUUUGGUUUUUGGUA